CACGUAAUAUCCGCCGGGGGAAAGCGUUUUUGGUCUCUUCGCUCUUCCGUUCGUGUCACGCAACUUGGCUGCUUGUUCUCUUUUGUGGAGCUAAGGCCAUAUCGGCGACUUGCACCAAUUUUAAGUUGCAUCCAAUUCAUAGCGACGAAAUCUAAAAACGCAAAAUGACGACCGAAGCCGAGCUCGCGUGCGUUUAUUCCGCACUAAUUCUCGUCGAUGACGAUAUCGCCGUAACUGGUGAGAAGAUACAGACAGUUCUGAAGGCAGCAAAUGUAAACGUUGAAUCUUACUGGCCUGGACUCUUUGCCAAAGCUUUGGAAGGUGUAAAUGUUAAAGAAUUGAUUACCAAUAUCGGAUCUGGUGUUGGAGCUGCACCCGCAGGAGCAGGUGCUCCAGCUGCUGCAGCACCUGCCAGUGCCGAAGCUGCUCCAGUUAAAGAGGAGAAGAAGAAGGAGGAACCAGAGGAAGAAUCAGACGAUGACAUGGGAUUCGGUCUAUUCGACUAAAUUCAAGAAUCGUGUUGGUCCAUUCCUUUUAUGUAUGUACAGUUAUAUUGUACAAUAAACAAUAAAACAUUUUGAUAAAAGAUA